CCCCACAAAUUUGACCCAAAUCGGACUCCUUACUUUAAUCAAUGUUUUCCCCAUGCUAAACAGUACAAAUGUGUGCAGAGUAAAUAACGUUAGCAAGUCAUGACCACUGAAAUCAUACACCUAUAGGAUAUUGUCACCAUUUGCAGCUUCCAAGAUCUUUGUUUCGGUUUAAUUGGUGGGAAAUGAAUUUGUCAUAUCCAAACGAGCGGAUACGUGGUUUACAGGACCUUGUAGAGAGAGUGAGCAAAGAAUUACCACUUCCAGCAGGUAUAGGAAACGCAAAAACUCAAUACCAAAGACUACAGGGGAAUAAAGUACCAAUUUCUAAGGAUGACUACUCAGAUCUAGAGAUGGUCGUGCUCACAGCUGAGGAGUGUGGGAUUCCUGGCUCUAAAGAGGCGAGGACGGAGUUCGACUUACUACUACAGCGUACAAAUGUACCGGGGCAACGGCAAGCUCAGAAAAAUUUUUCCAAAACACUACCCGCUACAAGUGUUUCUUCAACGCAAAACCAAGGAGGUCAUCACAACACCACAGAUGCUCGACUCGGGGAUAGAAACUUUAUGAACCGAACUCACUCUCCGGACCGAGAGAAUAACAUGAAGUCAGUGUCCGUGUUAGAGUACAACAGACUCGUGGAAUCUGAAAAAUCUUACAAGGCUCAAGUUCAGGAGCUAACAACCAGACUGAGUUCUUUCGCCAGCAAGCAGCUUACGACCAAUAACCCGAACAUCGCCGACCUCAGCGACAGGAACCGGCCGACGAAACUCGGCGAGAAGUUCGAACAGCUCUAUGACAACGAGUGGUCGGAAGCCUUUGAAUACUUGAAGGGGAUUCCUAUAGAUGAGGACCAGAUUCUUAAAACUUUAGUUGACAUAUCACAGAAAGCGUACGAAUUCUGUCAAGAUUUUGCUCAACAAGAGCUGACUAGAUUGGAGUCGCAUUUCAUUGACGUAAUGACACAUAUAAAGUGGACGUGUGAAGAAAGCUCUGGGAAAAAAAUUGACCUGCUAGUACACAGAAACCCAGAAGACAAAUCGGCGUUUGUUGGUCUUAACAGGCAUAUGGCUGAUGCCAGGAAGGCUUGCGCAAUUGCCUCUGUUCCAGCUCUUUGUGAGAUGUUCAAAGGUCAUGUGUAUAGAGAACACUUUGAUAAGAUUACAUUGGAGCCACGAUUGGAGAAGUACGUCGACAGGUGCCUGGAGUAUAGUUUCUUGAUGGUUGUGCAGGAUCCACCCAUGUAUCUGGAAUACCCUGAGAGCGGACAGAAGAUCAACACCUCUUUAUUCAAACCAUUCAGACAGAAGGGUUCGGUGGUACAGAUGUGUGUGUGGCCCUGUGUCUGUCUACACAAGGACGGUCCGGUUGUUUGUAAGGGAUAUGUAUUACCUAAAUAA